AUGUCGCAAACAUUCAAGCCAUUCCGCCUUCCAUUGCUUGGUGGCUUUGCUCUUAUGCUCCUCCUAGUUCAUGCCCAGGAUGAUCAAUCAGGAUUCAUUAGCAUAGACUGCGGCCUUGCCGGAAAUUCCAGCUAUGCUGAAAAGGCAACGGGCAUUAAAUACAUUGCAGACGAAACCUUCAUAGACACCGGUGAAAGAAAAUCCGUGUUGCCGGAAUACAGCAAUAGGUAUCAACAGCCCUACACGUCUCUUAGGAGCUUCCCUGAAGGAAACAGAAACUGCUACGAGAUCAAUGUUACUGAUGGCUACAAGUAUUUAAUCAGAUCAAGUUUCGUGUAUGGGAAUUAUGAUGGCCAAAAUAAAGUUCCUGAAUUCGAUCUGCAUCUUGGAGCUAACUUAUGGAGGUCGGUGAAGUUGGAGAGUGCAUCUACUAUCACACACAAGGAGCUCAUACACGUCCCUGGCCGAAACUACAUACAUGUUUGUCUGGUAAACACAGGCUCCGGGGUCCCAUUUAUAUCAGCUCUAGAAAUAAGGCCUUUAUCGAAUGGAUCUUAUAGAACAGAAGGGGAAUCCUUGGCACUUGACAUGCGAUUUGACACGGGUCAAAACGCUAAUUUAACUUCAUAUAGGUAUCCACAUGAUGCUUUUGAUCGCAUCUGGAAUGGCUACUAUGACAAUGAUUGGACACAAUUAAUUACCACAUCCACCAUAGACAAUAGCAAACCUUUCCAACCACCAGAAAUUGUCCUGCGCACAGCUGCCACACCGAAAAAUAAAAACGGUUCCUUGGAAAUUCGGUGGCUGCCUUCUGAUAAUGUUACGGAAUAUUAUGUUUACAUGCACUUUUCAGAAGUUGAGAAACUCCCAGGAAACCAUUCUAGACAGAUGUACAUCAAUAGGGAGGGAGAAUUCUUUUACAAACUUCCUGUUCUUGAGUACUUGUCCAUCUGGACAGUUUACAGCAUUAAAGCUCAAAGUAAUGGAGGACAAUAUAAUUUCUCGAUCUUUAAGAUUGAGAACUCUACCCUUCCACCAAUCCUCAAUGCUAUCGAGUUUUACAUGGUAAAAGAAUUCUUAGAAUCAGAAACAAACCAAGCAGAUGUUGACGCAAUCAAAGACAUCAAGUCAACUUAUAAGAUUAAAAAGAACUGGCAAGGAGAUCCAUGUGUCCCCCAAGCUUACUUGUGGGAAGGUCUAAACUGUAGCUAUCCUGAAAAUGAGUCCCCAAGAAUCAUAUCCUUGGACUUGUCCUCAAGCGGACUAACAGGGGAGAUAGCUACUUCUAUAUCUACUCUCGAAAUGAUACAUACAUUGGAUUUAUCAAACAACAACUUGAUAGGACCAAUUCCGAACUUCAUGUCUCAAUUGCCAAACUUAAAUGUCCUAAACCUGGAGAAAAACAAGCUCACAGGCUCAGUUCCAAUUAGACUAAUUGACAGAAACAAGAGUGGUUUGCUAUCUUUAAGUUUAUGCGAAAAUCCAAAUCUAUCUGGAGCUGUUUCUUGCAAAAGGAAGAAGAACAAUUUUGUUAUUCCAUUACUAGGGUCAAUCGUUGGAAUUUCAGUCCUCUUAUUAUGUGCAGCAGCUGCUUGGUGGGGUUUCAAAAGGAAAAGACAUGAAGCAAAAGACACCAUUGGGACAUCAGUGGAGUCAACAAAACGACAGUUUACAUACUCUGAGAUCAUUAAGAUCACAAACAACUUCAAGCGGAUUCUUGGAAAAGGUGGAUUUGGAAAUGUUUAUCAUGGCUACAUCGACGAUACUCAACUAGCUAUCAAGAUGCUUUCACCAUCCUCAGUUCAAGGAUUUCGACAAUUUCUUGCGGAGGUUGAUCUUCUUUUGAGAGUUCAUCACAAAAAUUUGACAAGCCUGGUUGGAUAUUGCAAUGAUAAGACUGGGAUAGGGCUCGUCUACGAGUACAUGUCCAGUGGAAACUUGCAUGCACAUCUUUUUUCAGGUAGCAGCUCAAAUAUCUUGACUUGGAAAGACAGACUUCAAAUAGCAAUAGACGCUGCACAAGGAUUGGAGUAUCUGCACUAUGGCUGUAAGCCACCAAUAAUCCACAGGGAUGUAAAAUUAACAAAUAUUUUGCUGAAUGAAAAUUUCCAAGCCAAGCUAUCUGAUUUUGGACUAUCCAGAACUUUCCCCUCUAAUGAUGACACUCAUGUAUCGACCGUCGUGGCUGGCACUCCCGGCUACCUUGAUCCUGAGUACAACCUAUCAAACAGGUUGAACGAGAAAAGUGAUGUUUAUAGCUUCGGGGUUGUGCUGCUGGAGAUUAUCUCCUGUCGACCUGUUUACUCAUCAAGGGAACAUGAAAGAAUUCACAUCAGUCGGUGGGUGAGCUCCAUGCUUGCAGAAGGAGACAUUUACGGCAUCGUUGAUCCGAGGUUAAAGGGAAGUUUCAAUGUAAACUCUGUUUGGAAAGCUGCGGAAAUAGCAACAGCAUGUACAUCAGCAGAUGCCAUCAAAAGGCCGACCAUGAGUGAGAGUUGUCGUAAUCCGAUGCCAUGCACUAGCUUCUGGAAUGUGCACUUGGGUAAAGAUUUGGUGAAGAGAUCCGCCAAGUUAUCGCUUGAACGGAUUUGUCUGACUUUGAUUUCUUGA